AUGAACGGAUUGGGAAACGCUUUCAAGCUCCAUCUCAUUACAUCCCUCAUCAUACCCACUCUUCCUCUCGCUUUUGUUCUAUCUGAGACCAAAUCAACGACACCAUCUAUGCCCUUGUUGAGCCUUCCCAACUAUAUGGUAUAUGAGAGUCCAGCUUUGCCACUAGCCUGGCGAUGUGGGAAAUGGGGUCUAGCUUUGGGAGUGAGGAAAAACUUCCAAGUUUUGUGUCGUCUCUCUGUCCCUCCAGUUUUACAGGGCAGGGUAGUUGCUCUCGAUGUUAUCCUAGCCUCCUCCUCUCUAGCCCCCAAGGUCCUACAGCUUUUGGGAAUAUAUGCCCAUGCCACACGGGAAUCCCUCCAUUCUUUCUGGUCUGAAAUUCGGAGCCUCAUAUUGCAAGAACCAUUCCCUCACCUGUGGAUGGCUGCUGGGGAUUUCAAUGUGACCAUAGCCCCGAGGGAACGGUCAUCGGGUGCUCUGUCACCAGAGGCUCUGAUCUACCAAGAUUUCCUCAUGGCUUCGGACGCUCUCGAUUUGAAGCAUGAGGUGGAUGUCAACUCAGAUUACAUGCUUAGGUCUUAUGCGAAUGGGGCCAAGUCAGUAGUGGAUAGAGCAGUGAUCUCAUCCUCUCCAAUCUUCUCCACAUCCAUCCAGACCCAGUGGGAUUUCCUGGGUGCCACAGAUCACCGUGCCAUUCACAUCUCUGCUCACAUUCUUGGCUCAGAAGGCCCUUCUCUUGUGCCUUUCUUACCUCAGCGUUCCCUUCCACCUCCACAUCUGCUCUAUCCUUACCUGUCCAGCUCUACUAAAGCGAAAUUUGAUGAUUUUGCUGGCAGGGUGGACCAUGAAAUAGCGGACCAAGGGCUCCUCACUCAUGAGAUUGUGUCCCUAGAUGAGUUCGAGUUUGUCUAUCGUGCUCUCUCAAAAAUUCUACUCUCAGCAGGGGAUGAUGUAUUCGGUCAUUGA